AUGGUCGAGGACAAGUACAUCGGAUUGGCUCUGGCAGUCUCCAGCUCGUUAGCCAUCGGAACAAGCUUCAUCAUUACAAAGAAGGGACUUACUGAUGCAGGAGCACGAAAUACAUCUGCCUCCGAAGACUAUGCUUACCUCCGGAAUCCAAUAUGGUGGGCUGGGAUUUCAACUUUCGCAAACUUCGCUGCUUACACGUUUGCUCCCCCAAUAUUGGUGACGCCAUUGGGUGCACUUAGUGUGUUAAUCGGUGCUAUACUGGCAUCCUUCCUACUCAACGAGGAGCUCGGGCAUCUAGGGCGGACGGGAUGUGCCCUGUGCCUUAUCGGUUCUUUGAUCAUUGUUCUCCAUGCACCACCAGACAAAGAGGUUCAGACUGUGGACGAGAUUUUACAAUAUGCUAUACAGCCUGGAUUCAUGCUGUAUUGUUUCACGGUUUUCGUAUUCUCGCUUGUCAUGAUAUAUGGUGUUGCCCCACGCUACGGGCGUUCCAAUCCUCUUGUUUACAUAUCUAUAUGCUCCUUAGUUGGUUCCGUGUCUGUCAUGGCCAUCAAGGGUUUUGGUGUAGCCGUCAAGCUCACAUUUGGUGGGAACAACCAGUUCACCCAUCCAAGUACAUAUGCGUUCGGCAUAGUAGUCGUUGGGUGCAUUGUUGUGCAGAUGAACUUCUUCAAUAAAGCAUUGGAUACAUUCUCUACCAAUGUUGUAAAUCCCAUGUAUUACGUCGGAUUUUCUACGGCAACGAUAGUGUCGUCCCUUAUCCUGUUCCAAGGAUUCAACACGACGGACGGCACAAAUACCGUUACGCUCAUCGCUGGGUUCAUUGUCACUUUCCUCGGCGUUCACCUCUUGAAUCUUUCACGAAAAUCCGAUCCUCCAAGCAUACCCAACGGUCACACCGCCCUGGAAAGCGGUCUCAUGAAUCCCCGCAUCAGCCUCCAGGGUCGCAUGUCUCUUGAUGGGUGGGGUGGUUUAUCUGAAGUACAACCAGACGGCGCCCUGCAGUCCUCUGGCCACGGCCGUCGUUCGUCACUCUAUCGCGCACAGAGCACCGCAUUGUUCAAUGCCUUUGAGGAGGAGGAGACAGCUGAUAACAUGCCGCUAUCUCAGUUGCGGGAGAGCCAAGAAGAGUACGAGUAUGAUAGUGAUGUAGAUGAACGGACUCGAUUGCAUUCAGAGCAUCGGAUACAACCCAGUGUCUCUCGAAGUCAUAGCAAUUCUCCUGCACUGCAGGGCAGUGCACGGAACUCUCCUCGACCCUCAUGA